AUGCGACGAUUGAUGCUUACUUCAACAAAAGUUAUAAUUGGCUUGAUUAUCUUGAUAUAUUUUGGUGGAACUCUGAUCAUUUGUAAUGAAGGUAUUCCAAUUUGUGAUCAUCGUCUGAAUGAACUAAAAGAAUGCGUAAAAGAUUGGGAAGGAAGAUGUUUAAAUGAAAUUCG